CGCAUGCGCAAAUAAUUUGGCCCAUGGCGGCCAUCUUCGAAGUGAAACGACGCUUAAUUGACUGCUGCGGGAAAAAUCAAAAUCUACUCCGGUCAGGGAGCUCAAACGGCUCUACAACAUUACUGACUGGUCCCCAAGGAUAUCAGGAGGGUUUUGGGUACCUCUUGAGGUUUGUAUUACUCCGAGAAUGUCAGGAUUUGAAGAGAUUGGCAUCGCUGGGCCAGAUCAUCUGCGGGAGGCCCUCACUAAUUGCACAGAUCCCCAGCAAGCCAUCGAAGACUUCCAAGCGGAGAAUGGGAUCCUCCUGCCCACCCUCCAACCAGCCCUGCCCCUGCUGGACCUCCACAGCAUCCGCCGUUAUGAAUUCCACCGAUCCAUCAUGGAAGAACUCCGACAGCAACUCAUUGAGAAGUGCCGGCAGCUGUCCGAGAUCGGCAACAAGAAAUCCUACAAGACCAUUGAGGAGUUACUGUCCAAGUGUUUCCCUCUCAUCAGAGUGAAAUCUGUGCAGCCGGUUGUCAUGGAGAUCAUGAAGCUGCUCCCUAGAGUCCCUGCAAAGUAUCUGACCGUCGUUGUUGACGACCGAGAACUCUACAAAGCGGCGUCAACUGAAGUCAAACGCCAGAUCUGGGAGCAGAAUCCAUCGCUGUUUGGCGAUGAAGUGUCUCCGUUGCUGACAGAUUACAUCAAGAGCAAGGAAGCGAUCUUGUUUGGUAGCGAGACGAUCAACUCACACAUGUUCUUCUCGGUGACGCCCAAAACGCGUCGCCAGGGCGAAGUGGUCCAGAAACUAGCAAACAUGGUCGGCAAGAGCAUCCGACUCUACGACAUGGUACUGCAGUUUCUGAGGACGUUGUUUCUGCGUACGAGGACAGUUCACUACUGCACCCUGCGGGCCGAGCUGCUUAUGGUUCUGCACGACAUGGAAGUCCAUGAGAUUUGUACGGAGGAUCCGUGCCAUAAGUUCACCUGGUGUUUGGAUGCCUGCAUCCGGGAGAAGUUCGUCGAUGAGAAGCGAGCCCGAGAACUCCAGGGAUUUCUUGACGGAGUCAGGAGAGGACAGGAACAAGUUCUUGGUGACCUUUCGAUGAUUCUCUGCGACCCGUUCUCCAUACACACCAUUGCCAGUAGCAGUAUCAAGGUCUUACAACAUCUCCUGAACACUGAGAAACUGCCAAGGGAGAGUGCCGUCUUGUUAUUGCUUCUGAGGAUGCUUGCGUUGGGACUUGGUGCCUGGGACAUGAUUGACAAGCAAGUCUUUCGGGAACCUAAAAUGGAAAACGACCUUGUUGUGAGAUUCCUCCCAAGUCUCGUGUCCCUCCUUGCCGAUGACUACACCCGCCAGAUCAACCGACGUAUCCACGAGACCGAGGAUGAUCCGAAACUCAAAGACGUGCCGAACCAGCUCCUCAAGUCCUCCCGCAAGGACCGCAUCGCAGCCACCUUGCUGCUGUACUACAUCUUAUACAUCACCAGACAGAGGAACAAGGAGGCUCUGUCCCGCAUCCUGCCCAAGAUUAUCAAGACGGAGAGCAAUAUGUCUUACGAGGACAUCUUCCUGCAUCCCUUCUCCUCCCAGCUGGCUCUUAUGGGGGAGGAUUUUGCCUCCGAGACAUUUUGCAACCUCAUCUUUGACGAUUUUCUUCUGGCGUCCAGCGUGCAGGAGAAUGUCUUAAGACACUCACUGCGACUUCUGGAGUACGUCUUCCACAAAAUGCCCUCGCAGAGAAUUUUGAAGUUGAUGGACAAAUUGGAACCAAAGACAGAGCAUGGUCAAGAAGUACGCGACUUGUACGGCAGUGUGUUGAAGAAGAUUGAAGCGCAUGCUCCAAGCCCAGCUGUGAUCCCCGAACCUCUGGACUCGCCGCUAAUGAGCGUGCCCACACCAGCACCCCUCUGACAACUCAAGCCCCGCCCCUCGGCUACACGAACACCUUGAUCCAAGGACCAUUGGGAAUCUCCAAGAUUUCAGUCAUUUUGUCGUUUUUUUAAUUUGGGGACAAAAAGAAAACUGUUUUGCUUCAGUACCACAGUGCCAGCAUUUUAACUAUUUAUUUUUGCUUGCAGAGAAACGGCAGCCCGCUUGAGCCAAAAUUUGCUUCUUUUAUUUUAACCAUUACACAAUAAAGGGUUUACACGGGCAUGUUGACCUUCAUUUAAUGGUGUUAACCUAUGCGUGGUUACUUUGAUUCAUUAUUUUAUGCGUAUGUUACAAGUAAAUUGUUGGCACAACAAAAUCUGGAGCCACACCGAUACUUCAAGUCCAUUUUGUUCUCCAAAAUGUAUGCACUCGUUUAGUAUGUGGGAAUUAUGAAAACAUUGCAUACGUUUCAGAGCGAUGUCACCAGGAUUUGUUGAUAGACACCAGUGGAGUAUGUAGUUGAGCAUUACAAUAAAUGUCGUUGAAAUCAGCAUUUUCAAGGAUGGUAUGAGUCCUUGAGUAGCGUAUGUGGUAAAACUGGUCCAAACUGUACAGAAAUAUGUAAAUAAAUAAAGAUAUGUACAUGUACAUACAUACAAUGUACACCACUGGCCACAUUUGAGGUUAUUUUGUCCAAAAAAUUGAGCUUACGAUAUGUAUUUGUACAGCGCAAACACAUUCUGUUCAGUGGGAAAUUUAAGCUAAAACUAGGCCUCAUUCUUGAGCUAGUGAGGGCGCUGUUGUAAUACCAUGGUGGGAGUGUGUAAAGAUGAAAAUCCUAGGUUAUUGGCAUACAUGUUCAUCAGUUCAUGUAUACAUUUAAAAGUUACCACAAUUCACAAUUAAAAAUUGUUAACAUGUCUCAAACAAAUUUUAUAGGGUUGGUACCCCACAAGCAGUGGUGUUACAACAGCCUUAUUCACUUAAAAAUGUGGCCUAUUUGUAACAAAGGGUUGAGGUAGAUAGAUUACACCAUGCAAAUCUUUUUUGGGGCAUGAUGUUCUUGAAGAAAACCAAUUGUUGACGUUUUGAAAGAGUGCUUCACUCAUUAUCCAAGUGUAGCAUACCACUCAAAAGGUCAGGUAAUUGAGCGAUCCAUUAAAGGCAUAUUAUAGGAUCAUUUGCUUUUCAUGCAUUUUGUAUGUUUCCAUGAUAACACCACUCAAAAUCCAAAGAAGAAUGUUCAAACCUGUUGAAGUUUCAACUCAGUAGAAAGUACAUGUACGCUUUUCGAGAAAACUGUGGAAAAAAACCUGCACAAUCUUUUGAUCGCAAUACACUUUUUUGUCUAGAUUUCCAAAAAUCAGUCAAUUGACUAAUCGUUGGAAAUCACCUACAUUUCUUGAUUAUUGUCUAAAUGACAGCCAGCCAGACAAAAUAAUUUCACGGGGUGAAUAGUGUAAGUGCUGCUUUAAUCCAAGUAAGCUUUUUGAUAACAAUUUCAUAGGUUACUUUUGGGAUAAAUGCAAAUGAACCUACAUGUAUGCCUCUUAAUAAGCCCUGCCCAAUGUCUGCAGUGGACCAAUUACAACAAUGAUUAAUGUUGAUAUAUCUGACAUGCAUGCACGUACAUGUACCUACAUUUAUGAAGCACGUAACCGGAACAUGUGUGGCAUUGGAGAGGCUCAUGUAUUGUUGCCCACGUGGGCGGGGCCUAUUGGAUUAGUCAAUUCGGGAGGGGGGGGUUCUCAUGGAAGCCAGUAGCCAAUAAUACCCCAUUUUGAAGGUUUUGAGUGUUACACUUGCAUUUUGUUCUUUACUUUCUUUUUUUCUUAAUUACGUUGGACCAAAUAUGUGACCAAGCUCGUAAAAACUGCAAAACAAUUCAAAGAAUUUUGGGGGUUCCCAGUAAAAGAAUUUUGGAGGUUCCCAGCAAAAAGAAUAACAGACUUCAGAGUUUGUCUUGUACUUUUUCUGUGUAUUUUCCAAGAAAAUACUUACAUAUGAAGGCCUCUUUGUGAUACAGCCAAGCUGUAAUAUGAACAAUGGUCGCAUUCCAUUAUUUAAUAAAAUGUGGAAAAGUAGACAAGAAAAA